UGGAUCCUGGGUGUGUGCAGCCAGUAGUGCUCAGAGACUGACAGAGAAAACACCAGGAACAUCUCAACGUGAGUCCAGCUGUGCCUGUCAUCUGUCACCGUGUUCGUUAGUCCUUCUCCAGGGGACGGACAGAGAAUGGGAAACUACCCGAGCUAGUUUCUGAAGAGGAACACGAAUUCGGGGGGGGGAACUGUGCUAAAACUACCAGGUCGAGCCUUCAGUCGCACCAUUUCCCUCCAGAGAAGGAACAGGAGCACAGUGGAGAUGCAGACUUUCCUGAAAGGCCGGAGAGUCGGCUACUGGCUCAGUGAGAAGAAGAUGAAGAAACUGAAUUUCCAGGCCUUUGCUGAUUUAUGCAGGAAAAGAGGGAUAGAAGUUGUUCAGCUGGACCUCAGUCAACCGCUGGAGGACCAGGGUCCCCUGGACGUCAUCAUCCACAAACUGACUGACCUCAUCCUGGAGGCUGACCAGAAUGAUUCACAGGCCGUGCUCCUGGUGCAGAGAGUACAGGACUACAUCGAUGCUCACCCUGAGACUAUUGUCCUGGACCCUCUUCCAGCCAUCCGGACUCUGCUGGACCGUUGCAAGUCCUACCAGCUCAUCCACAGAAUAGAAAGCUGUAUGCAAGAUGACAGGAUUUGCUCUCCUCCAUUCAUGGUUCUGAACACAGAGUGUAGCCCAGAUGUGCUGGAGCAGAUCAAGAGGCAAGGACUCACAUUCCCCUUCAUUUGCAAAACACGGGUGGCUCACGGCACCAACUCCCACGAGAUGGCCAUUAUCUUCAGUGAAGAGGACCUGAAGGAUGUGAAGCCUCCGUGUGUGAUCCAGAGCUUCAUCAACCACAACGCAGUGCUCUACAAGGUGUUUGUGGUGGGAGACUCCUACACCGUGGUGGAGAGACCUUCGCUGAAGAACUUCCCUGCUGGACCUGCAGACAGGAAAGCCAUUUUCUUCAACAGCCACAACGUUUCCAAACCAGAGUCGUCCUCAGAUUUGACCUCGAGAGAGAACGUAGAGGGAGUGUCUCAGCCACCCAGUGAUGACGUCAUCAGAGAGCUGUCCAGGUCACUGCGACAGGCGCUGGGCGUGUCCCUCUUCGGCAUCGAUGUCAUCAUCAACAACCAAACAGGCCAACACGCCGUCAUCGACAUCAAUGCAUUCCCUGGUUAUGAGGGUGUCCCAGAGUUUUUCAACGACCUCCUGAACCACAUCAGCAGCGUGCUUCAGAGCCACAGCCCUGACUUUGCUCCCACCGGCGAGCAGCCCAAAGGCCUGCCGGUGAGCACCACGGUACCGAACGCUGCCCCGCCGGCCCCCGGCUGCUGCAGCAUGCUGGGAAAAGAGUUGCAGAGACUCGGCUGCAACUCAACAAUGUCCCCCAACUUCCAGCAGCACUGUGUCUCCACGAUAGCUACCAAGGCUUCCUCCCAGUGACUGGCCCCUUCCCCCAUUACUCCGUUUGAUCCCUGAACAAAACAAAAAAGCAAACAACGGAUGGUGACAAUAAUAAUAAAUAAUAAUCAUAGUAAUUAUGAUGUUAAUGAUGAUAAUAUAUCUAAUCAAAAAACAAGCCUUUCCUAUAUAGAUAUUGAAAAUAAUGGUGAUUGGGUGUAAGCUUUUUUUUUUUCUCUCUGCCUUUUGUAUUUUUCGUUUUGUCUAAUGAGACUUAACAGUACUGUAAUGUGAACUUUUGGGAACUUUUAUGCCUAAUAACUGAUUUUAUUUUUCUCUCUUGUGUGAGGUCUCUGUAACGAAAGGGUCCAGAUGUGGUAGCUGAUAAGAAAGGCCUAAUCGGGACUGGUGAAAAAUGUGCCACUAGAUGUGCAAUGCAGGAUCCCUUGUAUCUCUCUCUCACACUCACACACACACACUCACACACGCACACACACACACACACACACACACACACACGCGCGCGCACACACACACACAUAUGUACGCACACUGGCACAUGUACACUGCGACAAAUGAUGCCAGUGAUGUGUAUUCUGGUCGAUACCACUGACUCCUCUGUACAAAGUCACGGGGAGAAGAGGUGGCUGGGCAUUUGAACACUACUACCACAGAUCCCAGGCUGCUGUGUGACUGUGGCCAAUUGACGGCAGAGGACAUGAUGAGAUAGUUUUGUUAGUUUGAACAAACAGGUGAGCCGUUUAUUUUUCUGAGUGCCAUCAAAUUUAGUGUAGGAAGGACGCCUGCAGAAAAAAAAACAUUAUUUUCAAAUGUUUAAAAGAAGAAAAGUGCAUCUCCAUGACCAUGUGACCAAGUUUUUUUUUUAUUUUUAUUAAUGAUUGUUGUUGCACCAAUGUGUACAGGUCUUUGAGUGAUGUUCUGUGUGUCAGAUGCCGGAUGUUUGGUGUUCAACAAACCACGUCCUUUGAGUCCCAGUUUGAGUCGCUCCAGUGCAGGAAGACGAGGAUCACAUUCUCUUUUUUUUGUUUGUGGAUGUUUUCAGAGAAAUUCCAUGAUUUUUCAGAAUUCCAGUGGGAUCCUGUGAGAUUUCUCACAUCCCUUCAUGGGUUUGUAGUCUCCUUAAACAGACUCCAUUUGUCUUCUGUGCUUGUGCUUGUAAUGUGAGCAAAAAUACUCUCCUGAGGCGAACUUGACCGAUCAACAGACUUGGGGCUGCUGUGUAGCUUUUCAUUAAUUAGGAAAUUAGUUAUUCCAGUAAAAUUAAGGUAAAUUAUGUGUGUGGUUACCCACUUAAAUUGGGUACUUUGCAAUCAGUAAAUGACAGCAGAUGAUUAGUUUGGCUUUACUGUCUCACAUCACUUACUAUGAAAUGGUUAAAAACUAAACAGUCCAGUCGGUUCAUUUGCUUUGAGCUUAAUUCUCUGAUCUGUCUUCUGUUCCAGCUGCUGUAUUUGUGUCACAUGUUAAAAAUCAAUCAGAGGGGAAGUGGUGGGAGGAGGAGGUCCAGCUGUUGUUCACAGUGUUCACUGUGAGAUUUUUUUACUCCAAUUUUGUUAAUAUCUUUGUCCUGACAUCUACUAAGAGCAACUUUAUUUUAUUGAGAUUUUAUGGGGAAAAUGUUUUAUAUAAAAGAAAUGAAAGCAGUGAUGUUUUUGAACAAGUGGAUAUUUACUAGAGGAAUAGUUAAAAAAAAAAAAAUGCUGGGUCUGGCUGUACAGUUGGUGUCAAAGGGACACAUGAGCUUGUGGUUGAUGCCGUCGUCUCCCUCUAGCAUCUAGCGGGGAAUGAGUGCCAACCUGCAGUGCAUACAGAUUAUUGCAUUCCUACAAGUCUGCGUCUUCUUCUCUUGUCCCAGAGAGCUCCGCCUUGCCGUUUUUAUUUCCUCCAUCCAAGGGAACCGAUUAUCCUCUUGCUUGCCCCGUGAUCGUAAAUACUAGCGUCACCACCGCCAUCUCACCAGCAUCUCUCUGGGACAAAAGAAUAGCAGCUACACCCUGGAAAAUGGUUUUCACUGGACGUCACAUUGUGAGAAUAUUUGUACAACACGGUUAGUGUCCCGGUUUAAUCUUCCCACAAUUUGAAAGUGUAGUGAAGCAACAGUAAUUAACAAGUAUCAUAGCAGGUUCAGCGGAGUCUGAGGUGCUUCCUCACCUUGGAAUAGGGGCAAAGUUGGAGGCGUGUCCCUGUUUAGGUUGGAAAGGCUGAUCUCUGUACACCACUAUAGUGUGUCCUAUCUCGUGUUCUUUAUUGUGCUUCUAAAUGGGAAAUAAAUGGUUAAUCUUACCCUUUGUCAUUUCUGCAACCCAGACAGUGUCAUCAUGCUCCCAGCUCCCACCUGAAUGUUUACUUCUUGGGUGUCUUGUACAGUACGUGUAUAUGCGCCUAGGCUUACAUCCGUACAGUAUGUUGUUUUGUAUCAGUUCUGUAAUUGAGAAGAAUCCACAAUUUUGUGACCUUUUUUUAAUUAAAGGGCCAAUUCAACAGGGCGAAAUAAACAUGUGAAACGUC